UUGGCCCGGGCUGCCGCUGCUGCCGCCGCCGCUGCUGCUGCUGCUAACGAACCCAACCACCUCGCUCACAUUGCAAUUUCUUUUCCUUUUUUUUUUUUUAAAGAAAUACGAGUAUCCAUGCAGGCUACGUUUAGCCUGCAAAUCCCACCGAGCACACACCAGCCAUUGUAUGUGUAUGUGUGUCUCUGUGUGUGUGUGUAGUGAGCCCUCCACGGCCCCGGCGUGCAGACAUGCUGUGAGAUAGUUCCAUGCAAGCAAGGCCCGAUUAUUUGGCCACAACAACUACAGCAAAGCCUCUGACGUUAAACACUGUGGGCCGUGGCCGCGGGCUUUGAUAACGCGGGGGCUUUCUUAGCAGGAUUUUGUGCGGCCCACGACCGCCUACGGAGUCCCAGCAGUAUCAUACGAGCCGGUUUUGAUGUCAAUCCCUUGUUUGCGAGGCACCGUCGGCUGUGUAAUGGAGUAACGAGACAGAAAUAGAGCUGGAAAUAAAUGCGGAUUAAUUGAGUUAACCGCGUUACCGGUGCGCGGUUAGCCCGGUCAUUUGUGGUGUGUUGUUGCGGUUUGAAAAGCUAAGCAAACAUGAGCGACAAGGGGACAGUCUCACCGAAGGAGAAGGAGGCAACAGAGAAGAGGGGGCGUGGAAGACCCCGUAAGCAGCCCCAGGUAAAAACCUCUGACGAACCAAGUGGGUCCCCUACUCCAAAGAGGCCCAGAGGACGGCCGAAGGGCAGCAAAAACAAGACAGCCGGCAAGGGCAAA